UGUCGUACAACUGUUGUGCGACUGUCGUUUUUUUUACAGCCAACUCAUCUGUUUAGUUCACAACUAAAAAUCGAGUAGUGUGCGCACAUUCAUACGAGCUCAUAGGACAAAGCGGGAGAGUUGUGCGAUAGUUAGAGUCGUGCGAUAGUUUAGUCAAAAGCGUGGGCGCGCUCUUAAGCAAUUUUAAUUACCUAUGUGGGUAACUAGUCCCUAUAACGUGGUGUUCUUUAAUCAUUGUGAAUUAAAAAAAAAAGGCUGUUAAAACUUUUUAACCAAAGAGAAAUAAUCACUACGGUUUUGACAGCUCUUGUUUGGCUUUUGUUCAUCUUGUUGACAGGUGGAAGUGGAAGAGACUUUUCUUGUCCUUGUCACUUUUCCAUACCGUUUGUAUUUUAAUUUAUUAAUAAAUUGUUAAUGGUAUUCAACAAAACAAACAAAACUUGGCUUCGUUGUCAGUAAAAACAUUUAUGAUAACUCCGUAUUUAUAUAAGUCUCUUAAAAAUAACCUUCAAAAUUAAAGCUAAACCAAACCGUAAUUUACCCAUGAUCUUCAUGAUUUUUCUAAAUUAAAAUGUUAAGUAGGAGACGACUUCUCUUGUCAAAGUUAAAAUUAAGAGGACUGUGCUACUGUCGAUUAGUUUCGACACAAACAAAUGUGGGUGAAAUAGAAGUGCCUUUUACGAAUGGAACAACAUUGAAAUUGUCAACGGGGCGCUAUGCAAGGUUUGCAGAUGGGGCGUGCGUGGCCACACUGGGAAACACUAGUGUGCUGGCCACCGUGGUAGCCAAGGCCAAGGCCGGCGCCGCGUCUUUCCUCCCUCUGGUGGUUGACUACAGACAAAAAGCAGCAGCUGCCGGUCGCAUACCUACCAAUUUUCUUCGAAGAGAGCUGGGGCCGACGGAGCGCGAGAUCCUGACGUCGCGGUUGGUGGACCGCUCGGUGCGGCCGCUCUUCCCCUCCGAGGGGCGCCGCUGGAAGUAG